AUGUGGAUACGUUCUGGGUUGAUCAAGCAACCAAUACAUGAAAAGCGAAGUUUAGAGGAUAUAGGAGAGGAGUAUUUAAACCAUCUGGCAAGAAAAUCCCUUUUUGAUGUCAAACUAAGCGAGGAAGGUUAUGUCAUGCAUGAUCUGUUGCAUGAUCUAGCUCAGCUUGUCUCUUCAGGGGAAUGUUUGGGAAUUGAAGAUGAUGGUUCUAGAGAUAUUCCCGAAACAAUCCGCCACUUAUAUGUCAACAGGGUACCUGUCAACAAGGUAAACCCUCUUAUGAUCUCCCAUCUCAAGAACUUACGCACCCUUAUUAUUCAUUUAAACGAGAGUUUCACUGCAGUAGAUUUUAAUAAAGUUCUAAAAGAUUUAAAAAGCUUACGCUUUCUAGAAGUGACUGCAGCUGACUAUAAGUUUCCAGAUGAAGUUGGUAAACUCAUUCACCUCCGCUACCUCUCCCUCUCCCUCUCUUCAGGGAGUAACAGAGAAAAUGAGAUAACUAUUCUACCUCAAUCUGCGUGUAGACUCUAUCACCUAGAAGUAAUGCGGCUUCCGGCACUGACAAUAGAUGAUUCGACACUGGAUGCAAUGGACAAGAUUCCUUGGAUUGGCAAAUUAAUAUCACUUCAGGAGUUAAACAAUUUCCGUGUCCGUGAGGAGCGCAGCCAUAAGAUAGAUCAAUUAAAAAACCUGCAAAGCCUCCGAAAAUUAGGCAUUACGAGUAUGGAAAAUGUAACGAGUCUCGAAGAGGCUGCAGAUGCCAACUUGAUUGAGAAAAAAAAUCUUGAUGAAUUGUCACUCCGUUGGUCUAGGAAUCGCUCUGGUGGUCUAGAGGUAGAUGAGCCACUUCUUGAUAAUUUAAGACCACAUACCAAUCUCAAGGAACUAGAAAUUGAAGGAUAUGCCGGAGUUAGAUCUCCAUGUUGGAUGACGGAGAAAUCUUCUCUUUCUAAUAUAAGGUCUAUCACACUAUCCAACUGUGAGAGAUGGGAGAACCUCCCACCUUUUGGGCAACUUCCUUUGCUCAAGUUUCUUCGUUUAGAAAGCAUGCAGGCUGUAAAGAAAUUAUGUUGUCCAACAAGUGUUGGUGGUUGCGCCUUUCCAUCACUACAGAAGCUAUACUUGAAGAGGAUGCCGGACUUGGAGUUGUUCGAAGGCGAGCACAUGUUCCCUCUGCUUAAUGAAUUGGAUAUAGCUUUUUGUCCUAGCUUGAAGGGUUUGCCUGCUUUGCCUCUUACUCUAAGUCGACUGGUUAUUUGGACGGCCGGAUUGACUUCUCUUCCGAUGAUGCAACAAGAUUGCAGUAGCGGCCAAGGACGAGCAUCGUACUCAUCAUCAUCGCAUCCUGCACUUUUUGAACUAUGGAUUUGUCAGUGCCCAAACCUCACAUCUCUAGAUGGAUUCAUGUUACAGCAACAAUGUUUUCCAGCCUUGAAGAGUUUAUGCAUUGUUAGAUGUGAAAAUCUAAGGCAUUUGCCGGAAAAAUUCUUCCAAAAACUUCCCUCCCUCGAGGAUUUGACUAUAAUAAUGUGUCCCAAUCUCACGACACACGGGAUUCUAGACGAUCGAUUGCCCGAGACACUUGAAAAACUCCACCUUCAAUCAAGCGGCGAUCUCGAUUUGCCGCUACUGGAGUCAUUGCCAAAAUCGAACAAUCUACGCUCCUUGGCGAUUGGUGGUUGUGCAAGCAUGACGUCCCUUCCUACGGCGGAAGUUUUUCCAAGGUUGUCGGAACUCAGCAUCUGGAACUGUAAAGAGCUGUCGUCAUUGGAUGGGCUACAAGCUCUCCUCCCGCUCCAUUCUUGUCGGAUUAAGGAUGCGACAACGCUGCGUUCGAACUUUCACUGUUGCAACACAUUAGGCCUCACUAAAUACCAGCCCCACGCUAGCGGAGUUCUUAGUCUUAAUAUCGACCGGCCAGCUCUGUUGCGCCGUCGAACAUUGAGAAACCUCAACACUCUGUUAGCGAGUUAA